UCUGUCUCUCUCUGUCUUGGGAGUGGCGGAGGAAGAGACGAUACUAUGGCGGCCACGGCAGCGGGAGGAGGUCGCUGGGAGGUGGUGAGGAAGGGCCGGCGGCCUGGGGGCGGUGGCGGAGGAGGAGGUGGCGGGAGCCGCCGAGCACUCGGGGAAGCAAACCGGUCGCGGAGCAUCGAGCUGGUCCCCGCCAUCCAGCCCUCAGGCACUCUUUUUGAGCUGGGCUUCCAGAAGGUGGUGAAAAAGCACAACAAGGAGCAAGUGCCCCCACCUGCUCCCACCGAACACAAGAAAACAGCCAAAAAAAACAAAAAGGCAGCUGCUCUCACCGACCAGAGCACCAAGCAGGGCCGCUUUCGCAGUCUGGAGGAGGCGAUGAAGGCUCUAGAUGUGGUAGCACUGCAAAAGGAAAUGGAGAAGAGCCAGAGCAUGUUCCCUGGGAAUCCAUCUGUAUGGGUGAAGGACCUAGCUGGAUAUCUCAACUACAAGCUACAAGCACCUCGAAGUGAACCUACAUUAAGCCAGCACACACAUGAUUAUCCCUAUUGCCUGGUGGGCCGAGAACUCCAUGGAAUCAUUCGAGGACUAUUGGGGAAAGCAGUUGGCAUCCUGGAACUUUUCUUUGACCAUUGUCUUUACACCAUGCUGCAGGAAUUGGACAAGACUCCAGGUGAGUCACUCCAUGGCUAUCGCAUCUGUAUCCAAGCAGUUCUGCAAGACAAGCCCAAGAUUGCCACCAUGAACUUGGGCAAGUACCUCGAGCUACUGAGAUCCCAUCAGAAUCGACCAGCAAAGUGUCUGACCAUCAUGUGGGCACUGGGGCAGGCAGGCUUUGUCAGCCUAACAGAGGGACUUAAAGUGUGGCUGGGGAUCAUGUUGCCUGUGCUGGGAAUCAAGUCUCUGUCUCCCUUCUCCAUUGCUUAUUUGGACCGACUACUUCUUCUUCAGGGAGUCAUGCCCAGGGCGGAAGUUUGCAGGAUACACCUUCUCCCCACCAUCUGUAGGAUGCAUCCCAACCUCACCAAGGGCUUUGGCAUGAUCGGCCCCAAGGACUUCUUCCCACUUCUGGACUUUGCCUACAUGCCCAACAACUCCCUGGCACCCAGCCUACAGGAACAGCUUUGUCAGCUCUACCCCAGACUGAAAGUGCUGGCAUUUGGUGCAAAGCCGGAAACUACCCUGCAUACUUACUUCCCCUCCUUCUUGUCCAGAGCCACCCCGAGCUGUCCCCCUGAAAUGAAGAAAGAGCUCCUGAGAAGCUUGACUGAGUGUCUGGCCCUGGAUGCCCUCAGCUUCAAUGUUUGGAGACAGCUGUACACCAAGCAUCUGUCACAAUCCAGCUUGCUGCUGGGACACAUCCUGGAGACUUGGGACCAAACUCCUAAGAAGAUGAGGAAGUCUUUGCAAGAAAUAAUUCAGUCCUUCAAAAUCACAAAUGAGGAGCUCCUGAGGAAAGGAGGAAGUAAUACUCAGGACAUUACAGCCUGCAAUACCAUCUGCAAGAGCCUAUUGCAACAAGCCCGUGGUCGUCGACUACCGUGGACUCAGCUGCUACUCCUGUUCUUGGUGUUUGUAGCUGGCUUCCUGUUACAUGACUUCCGGUCACAUAGCUCCUUCCAGACUUCCCUGUCAGCCCGUGUGUUACACUCAUCCGGCUUCCUGCCUGCUGGUGAGGAGGCCUGUGCCAAGCUCUACUACUAUGGUCUUCAAGGCUACAGCUGGCUAGAGGAGACAUUGUCUGUCUUUGGUUCCCAUCUGAUGGCAGUGCUAGAACCCAGCCUGCAGCUGGCCUGGACCCAGACCAACACAACAGUCACCUUUGUCUCUGCCUAUUGUGUGUCAUGUCUUUCUUGGGUCUAUGAGAACCUAGCUGGCUUCUUCCAGGAGACCCAGUUCACAGACUCGUUGUCACAUCUGCUCCUACAGCUAAGGGAGUUGCUACUGCUCUUGUACCACGACUUUCUGUUGACUCUGUGGCAUAUGUUACUUACUGCAUUGUCCCAGGUCCAGGAAUAUUGCCAGGAGGCCUGCAGAGGUGAUGUGACCUGGGACUGUAUAAAGACACAGCUGAGUAAGUUUGCCCACUGGACUUGGCUCUGCCUGCAAGACAUCACCAUUGCCCUUGUGGACUGGGCAUUAGCCAUGAUAUCCCAGCAGUAGGCCCUGCCUGAGCAGUCACUUGUUUCCAUUUCAGACAGGCCAGCAAAGACUGUGGAGGGGCAGGGGAAUAUGCAUGGGAGUGUGUGUCUGCAUGAAUGUCUUCUUUUUUGCUGUUGUUAACUUGGUGCCCCUUGUUUUGGCCUUAUCCCAUCUCCUCGAAGUGAUCUGCUGCCUCUGCCCCAGCACACCCUUUGAAGAGGCAUGAGCCUGAAGUAUGUCACUUCCAGCAGGCCCCUCACCUGCAUAUAUGUGCCCCAUAGAACUCUUUCUCUGACCCUAUAUCACACAGCUCUGUGUCUCUCCAUGCAUUCAUCUGGCAGAUUUUGCUCCUCUGGAAAUCUCUUCUUUACUGCCCUGUGUCCUUAAGGUACAAACAGUUCAACCACAAAGAGACUAAACUCACAGUCAGAGUUCCUUCCUUGGCUUCUCCAACACAGUCCCAUUGUUCCUGAUCUCCUGGGUCUCAAGGAAAUGGCACCUGGAAAUCUGGGUAGCAGGAGGAAAGGGCAAGAAGAGACCAGUGGACUUCAAUACCUAUUAUCAGUCACACCUUCAGCUAUAAUAACAGGCUGCUGAUAUGAGAGCAAGAGCCACAGGGGCAUUAGAAAGUACACACACAUCUUAGCACUCCUGACGAGGUCACCAAAGUUUAUCCAUUGGCCCAACGGUAGCAAUGGAAACAGACUCCUCUCCAAUCAGGAAGCUCAUUUUCUGCUCCUCAGGCCCCUCCAUCUCAGUCAUAUUACUACCGUUAUCCCCACUCCAGUACAGUGGGGCAGGAGAAAGGAUAAAGCAAGUGAUCAGGGAUAUGGGUUUCUCCUAUGGCUCUGCUGCUCCUUUCUCCUCUUGUCCCCAUCUGCCCCUCAGGCCUAGGGCUCUGCAAGAGUUCCAGUGGUCAUGUGCCUGCUCCCCGCCUUAGGCCCAGGGACCUCUUUCUCAAGCAUCCCAGUGGAACAGAGGGUUCAAGAUAUGACUUCUGGGUCCUGUAUAUGCCUACUGAAUAGAAUAAAGAACACAGAUUUGA